AUUGGAUAUGUGAGGAGUUUUAAAGUGUACGUCAGCUGUUUUUAUUACAUACAUCAGUUGACUUUAAUUUAUACGUCAUAUGUAUUAGUUAUAUUUGGAUGAGUCACGUACUACUCAAAAUUUAGUCGAUAAAAUCCGGUCAUACUUCGGAAGAUUAGUAGGGAAAUAGCAUAAAAAUAGUCUAGAAACAUAAAACUUCAGGCAAGCUAAAAAAGGUAGAUAAUUAUUAAUUCGCGAGUGUUAUAGAAAUGAAAGAGUAAAGAACUCUUGAAUUUUUUGUCACUUGCCCUUGGCAGGUAACAAAGUAGACAUGUGGCUCAGCUUUAACGUGAAAGGAAUUUCUCUAUGUCUUCUCUAUUUCAUUAAGGAAUGUCCCUUUUCAUCUAUCGUAUUCGCUGUUAUUUUCCAUUUUUUUUUUGUUUGCUCAUGGUUGUUUCGUUACGAUCAUGUUCUGUUAUCCCACCUUGAGUUCGUCUGCGUUAUUUUGGUUGUUCAGUGUUUGUGUUACACAAUCUGAUAAUAUCUACAGUCAGGUGUUUCGUAAGCUUAGAGAGCCAAAUCUCUCCAAAUAGGUGUUUGCUACUAAUAUGAGAGAAGUCCUAUGGUUUCAUUCAAAUUCAUCGCAUUCACAAACAGGUUUCUACAACAAUGCCGUUUACCAUCAACCACUUUAACUUUAUCUAAUUAGACGCACUAGUUAAUCAUUAUAUUUUUUUAUCGGAUCAUGAAUAAAAAUAUGUUGAACCAACUGCUAUGAGUUGUAUUGAAUUAGCUAUAGCAGAAAUACGACCUGAUUACAGGUUCAAAUUAAAUGCUUCGAUAAAUUAUUCCCAAAAUCGUUUGACUCUGUUGUAAGUUCCCUUGCUAAAAACCUAAUACUAACAUUGUCGGGACACAAAGCUGUUACGAGGCUGCACGGACCUUCAAAUUGUUGGGUUUAUUCAACUGUUAUGACUUGUUUUUUUUAAGUGAAACUCCCUGAGUGAUAUAUAUUACUGACUAAAUUUCCAUAGCAAAGCUGAAGUUCCGUUUUUGCUAAGAGUAACUUUAAGAUGUAUUUAUUGUGCUAGGACCUUUGUAUAGCUGGAAAACGAGAUUUAUUGCACUUGAUAUCCUGUGAUUAUCCCCUUGGGGACAUUGAGCGUUUUCACCUCAUGCUUCCUUUCUAAACCAAGCUUAUUAUAAUGAGUGGCUUCCAGUAUACUGAAAACAGUUUCGGAUGUGAUAAAUAAUGUGUACGAUUUACAUAGUCUUGUUAACAUCGAAUUGUAGUGAUGUGUUACAUUGUAACCUCUGCCACAUCGCCACUGUUUGGUUUAACGGCGAAACCAACUGAGAAGUUGUCACCCAAAUGCACCACUCACGGCUGACCAAUUUUGACAUUUUUGUAUUUUUUUCAUUUGUGUUGAUAGUUUAAUACUUAACUCAGUUUUGAGCCUCGUAAGUUUCUUAAUGAGCACGGUUAAGAGCUCAAUCUAGCGCUAAGUGACAUGUAUACUGUACUACAAAGUAAGUUGGAUAAAGAAAUCUGUUGGUUGGAGCACAGUCAACUGAACUCAUGAUAUUUGUAAGCCAGCUUACGUAGGCAAUUAAUUUCUGUUAAAUGCAAAGAACGCGGGAUUUACUAAUUCUUCUGAAAGUCGAAAUGGUACUUAAAUUUAGGAACUGUAUGUCUUACGCGUUCGCGGUUCUGUGUUAUGAUAAAAACUACACGUGCAUUUUGUUACAUUUUAUACUCCUUACCUUGCUCACUAUUAUUCUGUUGUGCCCGUACUGAGCAGCGGUUACAGAAUAACGUUCGAAAAUUAACUUUAGAUUUCGGACAUUACUUUGCACUCAUAGCAUCACUAGGACUCUAAGCAGUUGCUUAUGUGAGUCAUAUGUUUAUCUAAUUUGAAAAAGAUAAGGUUGAAUACAGACUUUGCAUGCUUAAAACAUACCUUUUCUGAUAAUCCUCCUUAAGUGAAAAACGUUUGCUUGGAUCUCUCAACAUCGGUUAUCAGAAUGUAUCUUGACGCCAGAAACAAUCCACGUCUAUAUAGAGGUAACAGAUAUAUACGUCAAGCAAAUGGGACCACUCAUCGUGCCUCUUCUCGUCCAGUAACAUCAACACCUGCCUAUGGAUAUCCAAGUUCAAUAACAGAUAAUUUUAACAGUGGAUCUGAACAUCGUAACCAUUAUAGACCAUGUGACCGCCUUCGCUAUCCGUAUAGGAGAAAUAAUCACUGGAUAACUGUCAGUGGCUUUUCAUGCCUUACUUCAAGAAACUCUGACCACAGAAGAGGUUUUCCAUAUCCUAGAUAUGAAUCUGGUGGCCAUCAAAUUAUUGGGACGCUAUCAACCUCUGAGUCUUCAACCAAUCCAAACUAUUCGGUUGAGUCCACCUACCUAGUUCAAGCUGGUUCUUCAGAAAAUGAUGCCUCCUUGUCUGUUCGGCAACGACCAAAUUCUAAUUUGAAAGUAAAUUGUGAACCCAAAAAUCAUGAUAAUUUAAGAAGUGAGUCGAUUUCUUGCAGCUUCUCUAUAAAUAUAAACGUGAUACAUUAUUUGCAUCAAGAGAUAUAUAAUCAAAAAACGAUACAAUGGAUCCUAAAGAAAUAACCCACGAAAUAAAUAAUAAACAACGGAAUAAUUAAAACAGAAAUAGUCAAAAGAUAUAUUUAGAGAGUGUCUUUCUCAUUUCUUUUUGUAAUUGAUCAUUUAUAGGACGGAAAAUGUUGCAAAUUAUUUAUCAGUUUUGGUUUUAAAUUACAUCUGAACACAUCUUUACCCAAUCCUCCUUCAAAUUGAUGUUCUUUGUACAUCUGUUUUGAUACCCUUUAACAUUGACGUCGGUGUAAUUCCGAUAGGUAAAAGCAAAGUAGGUCUAACUGACCAGAACAUUAUUAAGGAAAACUGCAAUAAUAGACUGAAAUCCUCGAUCGACGUGAUUUAUCAUAUUCAACUAUAUCUUUGCUCCAAUGAAUUGCAGCUCGCUUGCAAUAACUUAUAAGUUCUACAACUAAAUAAAUGAUCUCACCAAAGAGGCACGUACAAUUUGUAUUAUGAUCCUGUCUCUGUGUUUCACAAACAGUAUCGAACUAAAUUUUACGACUAGGAUUUGUUAUGGUAAUUAGUCUUCCUAAUUAUUCCUAUUCAAGGAUAGUACUUCCUAUCUGUUUGUAUAUCGAAAUCAAAACAGAUUCCCCGAUGAAUACUUUCAUUUAAGCACUUUUGAUUUAGACGUUAUUCCGUCUUUCAUAAUUUAAUAACUGCUAGCAUUUGCGUAUAUAUAAAUAACGACUCCUUAUUAUACGUAUACGUCCAUCCCUAAUCGUGAUUGGUAAUAGCAGUUCCUGCAGAUUUCUCAUGUUUAUUUUGUUUAUUGAUCUUGUUCUCAGUCACUGGAUGUUAACUGGAUGUAUGUUUUACGUAGUUAUCGUUCACGUUGUUUUCGUCCCUUUUUGAGUGCCUACAUUUUAUGGCGAUAUUUAUUAUAUCUAUUGGUCAGGUAACCUUAUCGAUGGAUUGCGCAAUAGCACAUAUCAGUGCAUGGUAUGCAUUUCAGAAAUUCGUGUUUCUGACCCAAUAUGGUCAUGUGCUACCUGUUAUCACAUUUACCAUCUAUCAUGCAUUAGGUCUUGGGCCAAAAAAUCAUUUCAGGAAACUAACAUCGAAUCUGAUUCAACUCCCGUUUGGCGCUGUCCAUCUUGUCAAACAAAUUAUGAUUUGUCUCCCAAACUAAUUUCUUACCGAUGCUUUUGUGGACGCACUGAAAAUCCUGAAUUUCACCCUGCUCGUAUGACAAUACCACAUGGUUGUGACCAGGUUUGCAAUAAAGUGAAACGUAUAACUCUUGCAUCCAGUUUGUCUGAUUAUCGGUGCACUCAUCUUUGCACAGAACUUUGUCAUCCAGGUCCAUGCCCUCCAUGUUUAGCAACUAUCACUUUGAGUUGCCCAUGUGGAAAAUCUCAACGUUCUGCUACUUGUGGUGAUCCUAAUCUUCAACCUUGUGGUCAAAUAUGUAAACGCCAGCUUUCAUCUAAUUGCGCAACUGGUUUUCACACAUGUUUAUCAAUUUGUCAUUAUGGUUCUUGUAAUCCUUGUCAGUGGACAAUUGAAACAGCUUGUUUUUGUGGUCAGAAUAAUAGUGUAAAGUUGAUUUGUGGCAGUAAUGAAAUACGAAAAUGCACUUUUUCUCAGAAAGAUUUACAAACUUUACGUACUGCUUUUGUGGAAUUUCAAAGUAAAAUAACCAGUCACGAUUAUUCUGAUAUUUUAAAACUCCAGAAAAUUUCAAUUACUGAUGACUUAUCAUUACAUGCUAAUGAUGAUUUAAACAAUAGUUUAUCCCCUCAAUUAUCCAAAAUUGAUACCCAUAAUACUGAUUCGACUAGAAUAAUUGAUGAUAAUAAUAAACAAAUUAUUUCAUCUGAUUUACUAUUGGUUAAAAUUGGUCCUACUUUCUCAUGUAAUCGUGUGUGUGGUCGUCAAUUAAGUUGCAACAAUCAUAAGUGUUCGAAAUUUUGUCAUUCUGGAGAAUGUCCACCGUGUGCGCUUGAUCCGGCAUGGUGUUUAACUUGUCCUUGUGGAAAAACACCUCUCACUAAAUUGGUAUCAACAGGUUGUUUAUACGGCAAUCGAAAAUCUUGUACGGAUCCUCUACCUACUUGUCCUAAUAUCUGUGGGCGUCCUAGAUCACUAUGUGGUCAUACAUGUUCAGAAUAUUGUCAUACUGGCCCUUGUCCUCCAUGUGAAUUAUCUAUUUCACUGAAAUGUCGUUGUGGACAAAGUUCAAAAGUAAUGACAUGUCAAGAGUUCUCUAAAUUAUCAGAUAAAGAAGGCGUUCCUGAACUCUGUUGUCAACGCAUAUGUAAGAAGAAAUUAAUUUGUGGUCGACAUAAAUGCAAAACAUUAUGUUGUAAUGAUACUAUGCACUCAUGCCCUGAAAUCUGUGGCCGUCGAUUAUCUUGCCAACUACAUCAUUGUGAAGAACAGUGUCAUUCAGGCCCAUGCAAUUCUUGUUGGCGUGGUGUGAUUUAUUCAGAACUAGCAUGCCGUUGUGGUCACACGAUACUGCAUCCCCCACAGCCCUGUGGAUCUAGUGCACCUGAAUGUAAUCAACCUUGUAGUCUCACACAUAAUUGUGAUCAUCCAGUUAAACAUACGUGUCAUAUGGAACCUAAGUGUCCACCUUGUACAGUCAUAAUGAAUAAAGUUUGUCCAGGAGGACACGGAGUACAGUUUAAAGUGCCUUGUUUUCAAGAAGUUCGAAGUUGUGGUCGAAUUUGCAAUAAACCACUUUCAGGUUGCUCGCAUCUUUGUCAGCGUAAAUGUCACGCCGGUCCUUGUUCGGAUCUCACUACAUCCGACGAAGAAUGUAAUACUGUAUGCGUCCAACCCUGUCAGAAACCUCGUCCUGGUUGCGGACAUCCAUGUGGUUUACCUUGUCACGAAGUUCGAAAUCAAUCAUGCUUGGAGGCUUUUGCUAAUCACGGUUCAGAAAGCCAAUUGAUUUGUACUGCAUUAGUAGAUGUCGUCUGUCGCUGUGGCAAUCUCAAACAAAAGCAACAAUGUCAUCAGGUAUAUACAAAUCAAUAUCUACUUUUGGAGCAUGAGCGCAGUAUGAGCAGUGCACCAUUGACAGGUAGCCAUUCACUAUUUACUGAGCAUGAUCCUCAAAAGCCAAUACCUCUAUUAGCUUGUGACAAUUCUUGUACUAGUUCUACAGAAUCACAUGCAACCAAUCAAUAUGCUAAUACAAGCACUUGGAAGCGAGGUUUUACGAACAGUUCUGAUGCUAUAUUGCCUAACUCAGAUGAAGAUGAAUGUCCAUUUGAUCCUCCGGAAUAUUCUGAUCACUUAAAGCAGUUUGCACUAAGAAAUUUUACUUUUGUUGAAAAUAUUGAAGAACAAUUGAGAAGUAUGAUUAUACAAUUCUUGAAAUCCAAUAUUGAACCUACUGAUCCAAAUAAUCCCAAAGAAUACCCCCGGGUUUUAGUUCAUCAUUUUUCGCCUAUGAAUAAAAGGAAACGUAGAUUCAUUCAUGAUAUUGUAGAAUACUAUGGUAUGGAAGCUUGUACAUAUGAUCCGGGACCUAACUGUCAUGUAAUGGUUAUCGCGAGACGUGGGUAUUCAAAACUACCUGCAGGAUCAAUGAGUAAUCGUGGAAGCCUAACCAAUGUACUCAAACGAGAAUUUCCUGGAGCCGUGAAGCUUUCCAACGAACAACCAGAAUCGGUAAAAGAUCCUAAGACUGACUGCAAUGUAUUACCUGUCUCAAAUAUUUCGACUUUGUCUUAUGCUCAAAUACUACGUGGAAAACUUACUUAAUAGAACAGACUUUCAUUCUAUAGUUGAAAUAAGAUUUACCUUUUUGUGACACACAGUCUUCCAGAUUCAUUCGAUUUUUAUUCGGUUUAAUCCCUUUAUCCUGUUGUAUUUACAUGACGUUAUAUUUCGAACUGAAUAUUCAUAAAUUGCUUGAGUCAUUGAUAAUAUUUACCUACGAAUAGUCCACUCUGUACGGUUAGUAAAUCCCUCACUAUCGUAAUCCACCUCAUAGUGUUGCUAUUCUAUGAAAUUAUAUGAAGGUCAAGUAGUGUAU